GCUAUUCUUUUGGUUCUUCGAAUCUCGCUCCGACCCAGCCCAAGAUCCUCUCGUUCUCUGGCUCCAAGGGGGGCCUGGCUGCAGCAGCAUGUCAGGACUCUUCACAGAAAACGGACCUUGCAGGGUAAAUGAAUAUGGAAAUGACACCAAAACUAACCCAUACUCUUGGAACACACGAGCCAACCUUCUUUAUGUCGACCAACCUGCAGGAACAGGAUUCUCGGUCGGGCCGUUCGUAAACAAUGGCUCAUUUGAGGCUGCCGACGACUUGUACAUGGCCCUACAGGAAUUCUUCGCUGAAUAUACCCAGUAUGGAGGCAAAGAUUUCUACAUCACCGGGGAGUCAUAUGCUGGUCACUACAUACCAGCCAUAGCUCAUAAGAUAUGGCGUGAGAACACUAAAGGGAUCAAGCCUCAUAUCAACCUUCGUGGACUGGCAAUCGGGAAUGGAUGGAUGAAUGCUGCAAUCCAGUAUGCUUCU